AUGGCCCGCAUGCGGGGGCGACGAGGGGCACCCCUUGGCCUGCUGCUGGCACUGGGUGCUUUCCUGGCAUCACAGCGUGCAAGUCUUUCCUUCGUCCACGCGCCGCGGCGUCUGGGCACAGCGCAGUCUGCCGGCUCCGCCGUGCUGGACACAGCCACGAUUCUGCAACUUCCUUCAGGGGCGCAUGCUGCUACCGAGCAGGCAGUGCUUGAUUUCUUCAACGUGACCCUGGAUCGUGGCCUUUCGGAGGAGCAGGUCGCAGAGCAAAGGUCCGUCUUCGGAUGGAACCAGCUGGCGGAGCAGGCAAAGAAGACGCUCUGGCAGCUCGUCCUGGAACAGUUCGACGACCUUCUCGUCCGGAUCCUUCUCCUGUCUGCAUUCGUGUCCUUCCUCCUGGCGUACUUCAAUUCUGAACAGAAAGAGGAAGGCUUAUCGGCUUAUGUCGAGCCUCUGGUGAUCUUGCUGAUCCUUGCCAUCAAUGCUUGCGUCGGCGUGUGGCAGGAAUCGAACGCGGAGAAGGCUCUCGACUCCCUCAAGAAGAGCUCCAAUGGCGCAUGGCAUAUCGGUGGUUUCUGCUUCGGCCAGGGCACGGAGGAGUCGACGAAAGCCGCAGAGAUCAGGGCCCACGUGACGUGGGAAGGCCAACGAGGUUUGAAUGAGAUGGGGCCGGUGAAGCUCGUGGCUUUCGAUGCAACGGAGCAGCGUUGGGGUUCCGUGCGGGACACUUGGGGGAAAGAGGCCUGUGAGGACAAGAUCGACUCUGCUAACAUGGUGCGCCUGCUCAACAAGACCAAGGUCAAGUUCAACUUCCGCAUCAAGGUGCACCAGACCAGCUCCCCUCGCGACUGGCACUUCGCACUCUUGACAUGUGGCGAGGUGGAGGAAGCACCCUUAGUGCUCACUUUGGAGGCGACGAAGGGCGCCAUGAACAUGUUCGCGGCCAACUCCAAUUUCGAUUCCACUAGCUGUCCCGUCACGAAUAUGUCUUGGUUCGCAGCUGCCAGUGACGAUGCAGGGUUUUGGAUCCUCCUUGUGGGGGCCCUCUUGCUGGGGGCUUGUUCGGUGUUGUGCGUAGUGUUGUGCCGGCAAUUUCGUGGCAAAGGGAAGGAGGAGGCGAGCAGCCUUCAACUUCCUUCUCCGGCAGUCAGUGGUGCGGAACCCGUCAUCGGCAGGCCUUGCGCGGCAGUUGGGGAGGAGCCCGUGCAAAAGGCAACUCUCGAGAAGAUUGUGGACGGCCAGAUCAGAGCCAACCCGCAGCUAAGUGAGGCAGCCAAUGCCAACAGCUCCGAGCUGGCAUCUCCUGAGAGCGAUGUCUAG